UUUACAUUCUCCUCCGGCCACUUGAAAAACACGUCACGAUGUCAGAAGUCGACGCCCAAAAAUGCUUCGAUGUUGCCCUAGAUCUUGUCAAACAGGCGGGGAAGGUUGUACGAGAAGCAAUCAAAAAGAAGAAGAAUAUUGAGACUAAGAGCUCAGCAGUAGAUUUAGUGACUGAAUCAGACAAGGCAGUUGAGAAGAUGCUUAUCUCAGGCUUGUCUGAGGCCUUCCCAGAUCACCAGUUUAUUGGUGAAGAGUCAGUAUCUGCGGGAGAGAAGUGUGUCCUAACUGAUCAGCCAACAUGGAUCAUUGACCCCAUAGAUGGGACCAUGAACUUUGUGCACAGCUUCCCCUACACGUGCAUCUCUGUUGGACUGUGGGUAAAGAAGGAGGCCUUGGUGGGCGUUGUGUACAACCCGGUGCUUGAGCAGAUGUUUACUGCCAUUAAGGGGCAAGGAGCAUUCCUGAAUGGAGAGAAGAUUUCUGUGUCUGGGGAGACCGACCUUGGUCAGGCUCUUGUCUUCUCUGAGAUCGGCACAAGCCUGGACCCUGAGAAAGUCAACACUGUGCUGACCAACAUAACAACUCUCAUGCCAAAAGUUCAUGGGUGUCGCACAAUGGGUUCAGCAGCUUUGCACUUGGCCUAUGUAGCAAUGGGUGCAGCUGAUGUGUCCUACAACCUUGGCGUGCACUGCUGGGACACAGCUGCAGGCUCCCUCUUGGUCAAGGAGGCUGGAGGAAUAGUGAUUGAUACAGAAGGUGGUCCGUUUGACAUCAUGCGGAGGCGAGUGCUGUGUGCUUCUUCACAGGAGCUGGCUGAGAAGAUUUCCAAGUUGCUGAAGCAGUAUCAGCCGGAAAGAGACGGUGUCACCAAGUAAAUGUGUGUGUUUUCUUUUUUUUUUAAUGGUAUUUUAUUGUGCCAUCAUCUCAACCAAGUGAGUUUGGUUUACGAGAGGAAUGAAUGGGCAGUAUGUAAGUAAUAAUCAAACAUUAAAUUUGAUACAAAUAGUUAUCAAAUACAAGUGGGGAAAAUGAUUUUGAUUUGCUCUCUAUUUCAUUUGUUUAUUUUUAACAAACGUAGUUUAAAAUAGAUGUAUUCUAACUUGAACGUAGUUGAAAUAAUUUUGUAGUCAAAAUAUGUACUUAGAUUUCAUUUUUUUUUUCUGCAAAAUUCAGUUUUAACUUAAUUUAUUUUAACAUUUGUAGCUGGAUUCUGUUCCAAAGAGUAGUUUGAUAAUUUUGUUUCAAGAUAUGAGAUCAAUAUCUUACCUUUUGUUGUAUAUUAACAUAACACCCAUAAUGUUCCUAAAUAGAAUGUAAAGAAACAAAAAAAAAAGUUUCUAACAAUGGAACUUUAUAUAAUCUGUUGCAUUCAACAUUCUAGUAUUAUUUACUGUUCUCUCUAUGUAUAAGGUAAGGAUCAGUAAAAGGAGAAUAAAUUAAAGUUAAUAA